AUGAUCAAAAGAAUCGCUGCCAGAAUGAUGAGAUUCAUAAGAGCAUGUGAAAGAGGUAACCAACACAGAAAAAGCACUAUCCGACUCUCUUCCUUGCUUGGACAAAGCCCUAUAAGUCAAGAUAAACAAAUAACUGGAGAAGAAAUUUCUAUUGCAGCAAAGGUAAUAGUACAAGUCCGCCAGAAAGUACUCUGUACACCAGCAAUAAUAAAAUCUAUGCCUCACCUCAAUGUACGACUGGACAAAGAAGGCCUUCUGAGAUGUCAAGGACGAUUAGGGAGAAGCUGUUUAAAUGGUGCAGCAAAACACCCCUUAAUGAUCCUUCAAAAUUCCUGGCUCUCGGAAGCAAUCAUUCGAGACAUUCAUGAGAACGGACAUCCAGGCAUAGGGCACACGAUCGCACUGGUGCGUCAAGUCACUGGAUUCCCAAAUUACGCGCACAACUUCAAUAACUUACCAUACAAGUACCCUAACCAAAGCGAUCUCCCCAACGCCAGAGUACAACGAUCAAAACCAUUUGAACACGUGGGACAAGAUUAUUUUGGACCUUUGUCAAUAAAAGUUGUUGAAGAAACUACUGGUAAAUGCUAUGGAACGAUCAUCACUUGCAUGAUUACGCGGCUCAUACAUUUAGAC